AUGCCACAUGAAGGAGGCACGAGGGCUGAGAUACUGCUAAGUUGCCCGCGCCUAGACAGUGGAAGCCGAAAGGCAGAGGUCGGGUUCGAACCACGGACCUUCCGCUUGUGUCUAGCUGCCAUGCCACCCGACGGAAGCACGAGGGCUAGGAUACCGCCAGGUUGCUUAGACAGGAACAGUCCAGAUGCGGGGAUUGGGUUCGAACUACAGUUCAGUCGAAUUGUCUUUCCGUAUUCCAGUGUAUCAUUCUACACAACACCAGGUAACAGAGCAUACCGAAAUCCUCUGACCACUUCAUCUUUGAAGUCAAAGGAUAACAGGCGUUUGUUUGUGAAGUUCAAACAAGGAUAUGAACCCCCAACAUUUCACUUGCGAGGCCAACUGGGCCAUAGGUGUCAGGCAAACGAUUUAUAUCACCCAUUUAGCUGUUCAGACGUGAUAAUUCAGCGAGGUUCACUGAUUCUUCUGAUAGUGGUCAUGCAACUUUGCGAACCCAAAGUAAUCCGUUUUCUGUGCACAGCGCCCAGACAGUUUCUACAUUCAUCUUCUUCCGAUUUGACAGAACGGAUGUGUGACAUAACUGUGUGA